UUCUAGCUCAUUGUGUUUCAAUGGUUUACACAGAAGAUAAGCCAGCCAGAUUUCCAUCCCAUGAUGCUGAUAGUUUGAAGCAAGGAGAGUGGAUCUGCCUAUGAUUGGCUUCACAGUCUUCAAAAAAAUCAAGCCAUACUAGAUUUGUGGGUGUUACAGGAAAUAUCUGCUCAGUGCAAGUUAAGGCAGCCUGUCAGACCAUUGUGUAUUCUCUUUUUUUUAGUAAUUCCAACAAGUCUUGAUGAUGGCUGAAUCUCUGUUGUGUUUUCCAUGUUGUAUAGGAGGGCAACCUCAGCCAAAAAGAAGAACACGUCCUCGUAUUGACCCCAGCAUGAUAGGUUUACCAACAAAUUUCAGGCACACUGCCCAUGUGGGAAGUGGGGAUGUGAGGGGCUCUCCAAAUCUUCAUUCCGUUCAAAGCCAAAUGUCUUCUAAAGGUGACUACAACCACCACAUCGCACCUGGCCACCUUCAGUUGUCAGUGAUAGAUCUGCCACCUAGGACACCAACAUAGAUUGCUCCAUGAUUCAGAUGAUCUCAACAAUUUCUGUUCAACAGUUUUUAAGUGCUCAUUGUGAAUUCUUUUCAUUUCUUGGACCUCUGUAAGUGUGAUGACUUGAAGCUGGGAGAACUUGCAUAAUUGAAUGUGGAUAUACAUCUCAUGGAUUUACAUUGGACUUGUGUAUGGAUCCAAGGAUUAGCAUUGGCUCAAUGGAUUCAUUUCUUGUGGAUUCAUGGGUUUAACGAUCACUCAAUGUCUCAGGACUGCCCGGUCUGGUUUCUUGUGGAAUCUUCAGAGAAUGGAGUUAAAAAGUUGGAUUAUUGCCAUUCUCAUCGUUGGUCUUCUCACGCCUGUUUGCUAUGUUGUGUAUUGCACCAGUGAAUUAUUUUUUCAAUGCUUUACAACUUGUUUUAUGACUAAAGAUAUGUGUGUGUGAAAUGGGAGAGGUGUAUGUUCUUCAUAACUUGUUGUGUGUGUGUGUGUAUAGUGUGAGGUUUAAGUUCUUUAUAUCUUGUUUUAUGACAAUGGAAUGUGUGUAUUGUACGGGGAAGAGCUGUAUGUUCUUGUGUUUGAUUACUAGAAUGUACAUGGAGAUUGUGAGGGUGGCUGUGUAUGAUUCUGUAGUUUGAUCGCUAAUGAGUUCUUUGAUGCCAGUUUUUAUGACAGGCCACUAAGUGUGGAAAUUAUUGUACAUUACUACUGAGAUUACUUUUACAUCUUUAUUGCCAGUUUAGCAGACACAUUUUUUUCUGAGAGAAUUGUUAAUUGUAUCUUUUUUUUUUACUCCAGAAAAUUAAAAUAAAUUUAUUGUAAAUUAAAUUUGAACUAUUUCAACUUGCUUCUAAUGAAAACUUUUUUUUUCUCUUUAAUUUUAAAUUGUAUUCCUCUAUUUCUUGUGAACUAGUUUUCAUUUAGAUUUAAAUUGGGCCUAAAUUUAUUUUCUGAUAGUUUGACCUAUGUCCAGGAAGGUUUUUUUGUAUCUGAUUCUGAUAUUUUAUCUUUCUAUUUCCCAGUUGCUGUUGGCUAAUUGUUUGAUCUGUGGGCAAUCUUUACCAAUAGGAACUAUAAAAGGCAUUGUACUAAUAAGGCAUGGUGAAUUUUUCCUUUCUCUUCCCCCAUCCAGACUUCUGGGAAUACACUUCCUGGUUCAGCUAAAAAUAGCUUUUCUGCUGUGUUAGUGGUUAUUGACUGAGAAAACACAAGUCAGCAAUACAUUCAGCACUUUUUUGUUAUCAAGUAUUACAGCACUUCAUUGGUUCAUCUGUGUGCUUUGCUAGGUUUUUACCGCUUUGCUGGCUUUUUUUUUAAUCUUCAAGAUCUGGUUCACUAUUAUCCACUUGUUCUUGGUUCUCUAAAAUUUGUCAAUGAAUUGUUUCCUAAACUCGAUAAGUCC